AUGGGGAAAAAGGGUAGAAAAUGCAGCCAGAUGAACCACUUCUCAACGAAAUGCCCACUACUCCAACCAAGGCGUGGCCACAUCAAACAAAUCAACAAUGGUACAAGUGAUGAGGAAUUCAUCCUCAUGAUUGAAAACGUAAAUUCCAUUGAGGAAAAACUCUAUGCAGAAAUCCAAAUUGAAGGGAAAACUGUGAGAUUCCAGUUAGACUGUGGGUCAACCGUGAAUGUACUACCCGAAGAAAUCUAUAAACAGGUAUGCAGUGACCCUCAUCUCAGCAUGCUUCAAAAAGCAGACAUGACUCUUGUCAUGUUUAACAAAACUGAAUGCCACCUUCUUGGCAAAAGAAGACUAAGUGUGCGAAAUCCCAAAAACAAUAAACGUUACAACAUUGAAAUUGUUGUUGUUCAAGGAAAUUUGAACCCAAUCUUAGGAGCAAAGGUAAUUCAAGGAAUGAACAUGAUUACGGUCAACAGAGAAAACAUUGCUGCCGUCGACUCCGAGACUCAAAACAAAAGCAUUCAAGAGAAAUACAGCGACGUAUUCAAUGGUCUUGGAAAAUUAAGUGGAAAGCUGCAUCUUGAGAUUGACAGUUCGACUGCUCCCGUUAAACUUCCCACUAGAAAGGUCCCGAUCGCUAUGAGAGCUCCGCUAGAAAAAGAAGCUCUACAGACUGACAGACCUAGGUGUGUUAGCCAACUGACUGGAUUUCCUCACUCGUAG